CAGUACUGAAAUAGCAAGGGUACUGGUGGAGAAGCUAAUGCUAGCCUUUGAAACACAUGUAGAGCCACUUUCCAAGAAGUAUGUCUACUAAUCUGUCAAAAUGAUGUUUGGGUUGUUAUGAUUGAUUAGCCUUCAUACUCAUCAUUUAAGUCAGGGGGCUGUGCUGAAAGAUAUAAGAGUAAAGCACUUUACCAAAGCUGAUGGAAUAGAAUUGAAUUAUUAGUUAAUUAUGAAAGAUACACUUCCACAGCACGUCAUAAUUUCAAUUAUUCAACAGAUGAGUUACGCCAGCGUGGUCAUACUUUGUGAUCUGUCUGUUCUUCAUAACCCAAUAGAGGAAAUUAGUAUUGGGGGUUCAUUUUAGUCUAAAGCUCAGCCACCUUAAAUCCCGCAUUAACAGAAUUACCCCGGUCAUCCUUUGUAGGAGUGUGUUUUGCCCAGCCUCCUUAUCCUUCACAGUCUCACCGCCCAGAUUCAAUUCUCCAGCCUUCAUCUGCCCUUGCAGCACACAGGUGAGUCGUCCUGACACUCUUGGUCAUCCUGACAAUGUGAUUUACUUUGCAAUAUCAACUAAUUGUCACAAAUGAACUCCUCCAUGUGUGUAACUUUACUCUUUUCUCUAAUCGCUUACAGGAUCCUGUCUGGCACAAACAGAGGAGAUCAAACUGGUGACCACAUAUUUUGAUCAAAGGGGAAGCGCAGGUGGCACAAGAGAAGAAAAAAACUCAGGUGGCAAAUAUUUGCCAGUGGGUUAGCCAGAACUGACGUACUGCUAAGACACUUAGAGAAACUACAAUGGGAAAUACCACCAGUAGCGCACUAUCAAAGGAGAUCCUUGAGGACCUGAAGCUCAGCACUAAAUUCACUGAAAACGAGAUCAGCCAGUGGUACGAAAACUUCCAGAAGCAGUGCCCAACAGGCCGCAUUUCACCAGAAGAGUUUGAGCAGAUUUACACACGCUUCUUUCCAGACAGCGAUGCCAAAAGCUAUGCACGACAUGUGUUUCGCUCCUUCGACACCAAUGACGACGGCACACUGGACUUCAAGGAGUACAUCAUUGCACUCCACAUGACCUCUACUGGGAAGACCACCCGAAAACUGGAGUGGGCCUUCUCGCUGUUUGAUGUAGACAAGAACGGAUACAUCAACAAGACAGAAGUGACGGAGAUCUGCCAGGUGAGGAGGGAGUGUGCAGUGGUGUGGAGGGUAGUGGUGAAAAUGAUGAAAGGAUGAGGUGUUGUGUUGAGGCAGAAAGCCCAUCGUAAUAUUUACAAUACUGGAAUUAUUUAUCAUGUGCUAAACAUUCAUCUUUCUCAGUCAGAGAUUCAUCUGUAAACACAAAACUUUUCUGAUGAGUGCGUUACCAAAGUGUUGACAAGGUGAAUCAAAGAAGACUGUUUGUUUCAACCUUUAUGAUCACCUUUUUUGCUGCUGGAGCUGUUAUGCUGCUCAUAUUCCUCCGAGAAAAGCUCUAUAGUACUUUGUCAAAGCUUCAACUGGAAAAGACAAAAUAAUAGGAUUACUUGACAUCACCAAUCCACUCAGAUUGUGAUUAAGCGAGUGCUACUUUUCUGUCAUAAUUGUGCUAAUUCUUGAAUUUGUGGUCAUUUUUGAAAUAUUAAGUGAACUUUUAAGUCAUUUUUGAGGCAGAUGUUUGGAGCAUUAGGAAACCCCCCAUAAGGUUUUCCUGGUAGUUUGCUCACCUCCUCCUCAGUCAUUACUAAAAAGCAAGCGGCUGUGUUAUGUAAAGCUGUCGUCCCCUCUACUGGUAUCUAGGUCUGGCUGCUAAUUGGAGUCACAAUUAGCAAGUCUAUCUGAGCCUUGACCUCCUGAUAAUCUGUGUGAUAACAGGUUUAGCUCUUAGACAAUACAGGCAGUGACACACACUCUUGAGCAAGUCUGCCUUUUUUAUUUUCUUUUUCAGCAGGAGGAGCUGCUCAUCUUUUUUUUUUUAAAGUUAAAUCCAUGUUUCCAUGAGUCAUCUGGCUGCAGCUAAACAGUUAGUUUGAUUUGUGCUAAUUUCUGUCUUUUUGUCACAUGAUCAAAACUCAGGCUGAUGCAGUGUCUGUAGUUUCUUAUCUUUUUGCUUCAUGCUCGGUGAUAUUGUAUUGUAAGAGGGUUAAACAGAUCAGCUCAGCAUUCAGCCGGCAUCAUAAUGGGAUUUAAAUCCUGGCCAACUGGUCUUUGUUCAUAUCCACCAUGUUUGCUGUCGCUGCACAAAGUGGCUCCAUUUGAAAGCCAAGAGGUCAACAACAAAUGAUUCAAAUCAGACAUAGUGGAGGGAGAAAGAUAAAAACCUGAUGUUGUACAUUAACAAAACAUCAGUCUGACCAAAAAGUGAGUUUGAAACGAGAAACAAGCGGGUGGAGAAAAGGAGGUUGUGUUAUGUGCUGCAGCCCCAUGCUGGUUUUCUGUAAGGAGCAUGUGCUAACUGUGCGUCUUUUGAGUUUCCACAUCUGCAUGCAGCUACUUAAUCUACUUUUCAUAAACAAUCUGUAACUAAUUUUCCUCUCAGAGCUCACUCUGUAAACUCUAUAACCCACCAGAUCAGAGAGAGGCCAAGAUGGAGGGACAGCACAGGCAGGCAUAGAGGAAGGAGAAGCCAUCUUGGUGUUUGGCUUGAGGCCUGAGUCCUGGUUCUAAUCCAUGUUAAUCUAGGUGUCUUAAAUGUGGGAGAUGAGUGCUUCCUCUGUAAGUGGGACACACUUAAAGACCUGAACCCAAAGUGCACAGUCAUUUACAAUCUGUUUGAUUCCAAGUGGCCCAUUGAAGAUUAACUCUCCCUGCACAUUCAAGCCUGUGUGCCAUUUUUCAGUCCCGGGUUGCUGAAUUAUUCAUCAUGACACAACCUAACCUGUUAAUCUUUAAUUCGGAUUGCUCAGUCUUUAAUUGUGAUGACAAAGCUCUGAAGGAGUGCUCGUGUGGCUGCAUUUACCUUCCAGAUCCGCUUGGCACUUUUAUGUGAGUGAUUUAGUUGCAGGCUCCUACUCUAAAUUUACUACAUUCAUCCAAGCUCUAUGUUGUGUUGCUUCAUAAAAAACCUCUACACACUAAUCACUAAUGGACUUGUAUGUGAAUUAGUGACUGGCUCACAUUAAGAAAAUAAACUAUGAGCUUACAAAGUUGUCCUCCUUUAGAUUAACUGUGUCUUGGUUUACAUUUUCUGUAUGUGCCACAUUGAUGUUCCAUACAUUAUUAUGUGUGACAGAAAUGAUGCAGCAUCACCACUUAUCUUAUCCCCUCCCACUCCCCUCCCAGGCCAUAUUCAAGCUGAUCCCCAAGGAGGAGCAAAGCAAACUACCGGAGGAUGAGAACACACCCGAGAAGAGAGCCAACAAGCUGUGGUCUUACUUUGAGAAGAAAGACAACGGUGAGGAAAACAACACACGUAACACACAUGACACACAUGUGUGAACAGGCUGUGCCCUGCGGUGCAUGACAGGGCAAUAGGUUCUUACCCCUGUGUACUUAUGUCAGAGGGAGAUAAAGUCAGUAUAAGCUCUCUCUCUCUACCUUUCCUCAGCAGCUGUUCUUACAUCCUUCAGCCAAGAUUACAUUUCACAAUCAGCUGUUUUGGGCUUAAUAACAAUACAAGCAUUAAAUCCACCUGAAGCGGCAUCCCCAGUUACAGCAUCACUGUUUGUCGUGACAUCUAGCUUUGUUAUGUAUGUAGCAGCAAUGAAACCUUGGGUAACUCUCCUGCAUCGCAUGCCACUCUUACACUCGAACACCCACAUGGGAGAUAAGAGAGGAUUUCCGAGAUAAUAGUCAUCAACCUCAUCUUCUGGAUGACUGAUUUAUCAUCUUUCUUCCCACUGUAACAUGUCUCCUUUUCUAUUUUCCUUCACAGAGCGAUUGGCUGAAGGAGAGUUCAUCAAAGGAGUGAUUGAAAAUGAGAAUGCAAUGCGACUCAUCCACUAUGAACCACUCAAGCAAUAAAGUCAAUCCUGUUUUAUCCCCCACUCCUUUUUUCUCUCAUUAGACUCUUUUCUCUCUCUUAACCAGCUGUUUUUCUUCGCUCCCUCUCUUCUAAUCCACUCCCCCUUCUGUGUAAAUACUCCUUUCUGCAGAAUAUUGGUUGAAGCUAUUGUUAAUCUAAUGUUUGUUAAUAAAUUUAUAUCAAAUAGAGGUUUAGAGAGGCUAAUAUUUCAGCAGUGUUUUAAAUGUGUGCAGCUACAAGCAAGGACAGUAUAGCGGUGACUGUAUUAAGGCAGUAAAUACAAUAUAUGUAUCAGGAGUUUAAAUGAUAAAUACUGUCAUUAACCACCUUUGGAAACAUCGGAAGAAAUGUAUAACAACCAGGAAGUACUACAACAGUUGUUUGAGUUUAAAG